AUGGAAUAUCAACCCGAUGAAAUUCCUCAAUGUACUUAUAAUGAAGAGUUUUUUAAUCAGCUCGAUACAAUAUUGUCUUUGGAUCAAUUUCAAUGUUCAGAUAGCAGCUCAAGAAAUGAUUUCGAUACACAAGUGUUGCUUUGUGAACAAGCUCAAUGUUCAAAUAUCAGCUCGAGAAAUGAUUUGGAUAUAUACUUACCGGCAUCUUUCCGAAGUCCAGAUGAUCUUUUUAAUAAUGAAGGUGUCACUUCUCAUAGUCAUAAUGAGCAAGCAACAGCAUCAGUUAUGCCUAAUAAUGAUGUUGUUGAAGAAUUAUUUCGUGGUCAAUCCUUGGGGGUUAUACACUAUUUUACUGAACCAGUCAAUGAGGAGACUGUUACCACAACUCCUUCUGACGUAGAAAUAAGAAAUACGGAAACAGUUGCUGAUACAUUAUCAGAACCCAAUCUGGAUGAUUUAGAGCAGCAUACUGAAGAAGCGAAUUUAGAAAUCAUUAACGAAUUGAUUGCAAAACUAUUAAUGACUAUUAAUACUCAUCCAUCAGCUAGUCUUCGUCUUCGCUAUAAAACUGAUCGUCGACGUCGAACAGCAAAUUCUAUGAAGAUUGAUAUACUCAAUUUAAAAAAUAUUCAAUUAAGUUCUGAUCAAACAUUUUGGAUUCGAUUGUUACUGGCUACAUGGACCGAAAAUCCAUCGGAUGAAGUAUGUCUUCAUCCAAAUAAACUGGGAUAUCAUUCCGAUGAUGCAUAUGAAUUAACGGAUGGCACUAUUUGUGUUCCUUUAACUUCAGAUGAUAUUAAAAAAGGAAUAAAAGCAUUAGAACAUUUAUCAAUAAUUAAGAGAAAGCUAAAAGCACAUAAUCGUCUAUUAACGCCACUUGAACUAUUCGGAAUUGCUAGUGAUAUAGAUGGUAAUGAAAUAGUUACGGUGAAUGAAGCUAAAAAGAUUUUUGAUCAAUAUAACUUGAAAGCUAGUCGAAUCAUCUGUCAAUUAUUAAUCAAAGAAAAUGAACUAUUCCGUUUUACAGAUAUUGUAUGUGAAACACAUAAAAUGGAAGAAAGUAAUCCUCCAGGACAAAAUAAUUUCAAUAUCAACUUAGCUGAUAUUCCUCUAAACGAUCAUCCUCCAGGAGAACAAGAUUUCAAUAUCAACUCGCCUAAGAUGUCUCUAAAUGAUCUUCUUGAAAUAGAUCUUCUAGAACAACAUGGUUUCAAUACCAACUCAGUUGAUAUUCCUCUAAGCAACCUUGUUGAAAUAAAUCCGCAAGAUCAACAUGAUUUUUCAUUAUUUCUUCAAUUAAAUUCUAAUAAUAAUGAAGAUGCUGAAUCAUUGCUUGGGGAUUUGAUAACCGAAUUAAAUCAUGUACUACCAGAUAUGCCACAGAAUGCUAUGGCUAUCGUUGAUAAUGAACAAUUAUUGCAAAACCCCACUGAAGGUCAAAACGUCACUGAAGAUCAAAAUUUCACAAUUGUGGACAAUUGGGUUCCGAAAGAAGCAACUGGAAGUCAGGAUGGAAUUAUGUACCUGAUGUAUUCCAUGCUAUUUGGUUUACUUGAAGGUACCAUGUUUGUUUCUCAACAACCAAAGGCUAACAAACGUUUACGUUAUAAAUGUGAUGGACGACGUUUUUUACCUGAUUCACGAUCCCAUCCCAUGAUUGUUCAAAUGCCUAAUCUACAAUCAAUUGCAUUGGCAAGAAAUCAAACAAUUGGUAUCGUUGUAACGAUAGUAACCAGUACAAAUAAUCCAAUGAACCAACAAUUUGUACAUGAAAAUGAUAUUUUUUAUCAUGAAGCAGAUGCUAUAAAAAUUGGACAUGGAUGUGUUUUCAUCCCAUUGAAAACAUUUGCGUCGGAAAAAAAAUUUCCGCGUAUGUCAAUAGGUUAUAAAAAAUAUGAAGAAUAUACUUUUAAUCUAACACCAUUCGACAGAAAUACGAUGUUUGGAACAACAACAACAUUUAUGCUUGAAAACGAAUCAGACACUACCAAAGUACAAAAAGCGAAAAUUUUUAAACAACAAUAUAAUUUGUUGUCGUAUCAAUUUAUAUUUCACUUGGCGUUAAAGGAAGAUAACGUAGUAUAUAUUUCUAAUAUUACAUGUGAUUCGGAUGUAAUUCAUGAACAAAUCGCACCAGCAGACAUAUCUGAACAACCAUUAGCUUCUGCUUCAAAGAAAAAUAGUGUAAAACGUGUGGGUAGUCCCAAUAAACCAAGUUCAAGCAAAUCAAAAAAAUUAAAAUCUUCACCAGCAUUACUUGGACUACCGGUAAGUUUACUUUUAUUAGAUCAAAGACUUAAUAAAUAA